UUAGACGAUUUACUUGGCGAGACAGAGUUGGCUUGAAACGCGUUUAGAGCUGUGAUAGUGUUAAGCGAGUAAUACCUACCAGCUGCAGAUAUACCGCAAUCCGGCGAUAAUAAUAUUAUAGUAUUAGUGUUAUUUUGAGCACAAAACUCGGUGUGAAUUCAUUCGGUGUGGUGUGCGAAGUAUUUUCGUUUCGAUCAGUGUAUAACUAUUUAAGAACGGUCGACAUUACCCGGGUAGUUGAUAAUGACAAAAGUUUCAACGGCAUCCAAUAAAUCGUUACAUCUAACCGGAAUAGGAUUGGCAGUCCAGGCGUUUUAUAUAAAUUUAACACUGGACACAGUGAUGGGUGGUGAUUUUAUUCAGCUAAAGCCUGCAGGGCCACCCAUCAUUAAUCCCGCAGGAGUCUGGAGCGUGGAUCAAGUACCCCAGGGAUAUGCUACAGCUGGAAGUAAUUUGGCGUUAAACGGAUUGCAAGCGUUACAGGCUUUCGGUGGAAACAAAAUCGAUGCCAAUGGAUAUCGAGACCAAAAUGGAUUCUACCGAGACAAUAACGGUGCACUAAAUGGAUAYGAUGUGGGCAAUACUUAUGGUGGUGUCAACGACCGUGGAGUUACAAGUGUGGAAGGUGGAGCUUAUGGUGGUAUAAAUGGACGGAACAAGGGACAUCAAGUUGCUGGAUUUAGCACUUCGUAUCAAAAAAAUGAAAGUGGUAAUAAAGCUACAUAUUAUGAUGAUGGUCUUGGACACGGUGGAGUGAUUCAAUAUGGUGCGAAAGAUCAAAGAUUCAGAGACGGAGAAGGCAAGGCAUUUGGAGGGGGCUACCACGAUUCGUCGGUGAAGACGAACGCAGUCGGUCAACAAGGCCAGUAUGGUAACGGGGACGGUUACCACGCCGCUGGCGGUCAGACGGGCGACGCGGUAAACAAUCARCUAUACGGCACGCGGUCCGACAGCGGCCCGGGCAUCGUGGCCGGCACGCCGUUUUUGGUGUCCACCACCGACCCAUUGCCACCGGUCGUCCAUCUGCCGCCACAGUACGUGCAACAAUCGCCGCAGUACAUCCCUCAGGCACCGCAGUACGUCCCACAGGCUCCGUAUGUCCCGCAGGCCCAAUACGUCCCGCAGGCCCCGUACAUCCCACAGGCACCAUUCGCGGCCCAGGCACCCGGUUUGUUCCAGAACAACAUUCCGCAACUGCCGCCGAUCAUACAGCAGCAACCGGGAUCGAUACUUCCGCCGUACAACGUGCAAUUGCCCGCCUUAUCGUUGUCCGCCCGCUCGCCGUCCGGGCAAUACGUAGUGCCGAUGCCACCGAAACUCUACGUGGACAAGCCAAACGCCACCACGGAUGGUUGAAAAUUCGAAUCCAUUAUUACAGUAUAUUCUUACGUUGUUGUUUAUUAAUACAUUAUUAUAAGAUAUUAUGCGCGAGUCGGUGGUUAUUCGUUUGGAUUAUUAAUUUCCAUUGGGUCUAAACAUAAUUAUGAUGACUGUAUAAUAUUAUAUGGGUACCUACUACCUAUAUAUAAUAUACACCUCUGC